CUUGCUUCAAGAUGUCAGGAUGUUAUUCAAAGAGCUAUUCUGUGCUUGAGUAAAGUUGUGCGGCAGAAACCAGUAAGUUAUUUGUUUUAUUUGUGUAAGUGAAGAUUUAUUUACUUACAGUUUUAUUAAUUUGACCACAAAAUUGAUACUUACAAAUUAAUGUGGCAUUUAUGUGGGCAUGAGGAAGUAACUAAAGUAGCUCAGUUGCCGUGGGAGUAUUUUUUGCUCGACGGUGAUUCUUCUUCUUUCUUCCUUGUAGGAGCUUCUUUCUGACCCAGAGUGUUAUCCAGAUUUGCUGAUGCGAGCUCAGGAAUUAAUAAACCUCCUUAAACUUCCCAAGUAAGAUCUUUUUACUCUGCCGUGCACCCCUUGUAUAACAAAGUGCCCAAGCCUGGAAAUAUUUGGUAGAUAUAUUAUUGUCCUGUGUCCUUUCCAUGAAUUUGACAGUAACAUUCGGAGACUACGCGAGAGAAUGGGUCAGUGUUUUGUUGACUUACGGUGGGAGAUCCUGUGUUACUGUUUAGGGGACGAAUUCGUCAUGUUCUAAACGAGUGAAAAACUGGGUUCGUUAUACGACCACGAAGCUUCUUGGGAUCGUUUGGAGGGGCAGCAUGAAAGUCAACAAACAUAGCGCACUAGCGCUGUGUUUCAAACUGCAAUGCUAGUUUCAGAAAUGCAAUAAAUCUUCACUAUUACAGAAUUCCUUAAGACGUUGAUGUACCAAGUAUGUCUUCUUAACAGGUGGCCAGCAAGUUUUUGCUGUCCCCCCGGACGAUCCCUAGAACCUUUGCGUACAUAAGUCGUACUAGUUUCCCGCUUGUUGAAAACAUAGCCAUUGCCUGUACCAGUAAAAGAAGUGGUUCUACUAAUUAAAACAGUUAUGUAGCGUCAUUCGACGCACCGCCAACCCAAUCUCGCGCCCAGCCUCAAAAUGGAUAUCAAAUCCUUAUUUUUUGUUCAACCGGGCACCUUGUUAUUAGUGAACUUACGCAGCAGGACGAGAGGGGAAAGAAGACGGCAAACCUUGCGAGACAAGUGUGACAAUAAGUUUGCUUGCAAAAAAUUCCCUUAAACGCCAUCUUCCUUUAAACAGUUCUUUUUGUAAAAGACCAGAAGUGAGUCACACACAAGCGUUUUGCGGUCCUCUUCUUUCUGCCGUCCUGUUACGUAAACUCUCUAUUAUAUCAGCUUUACUGGGCACAGACCAGGGGUGGGUACGAACGGGACUCACGAGGUACCCUCCCUACCCAUACCCACAACCCGUGAGACAGUAGGGGUGGUCACUCUCAGGGAUUGUUACGUCUCUAGUGUUUUUACGUCCCACAAGAGUCAGGUCAUGAAACCUCUGUGCGAUGGAGCCUACGGUUUUUCUCCCUUAUCCCAGAAGACUCGAAUGUCUAAUCAUUCACAGAUGCAAAACAAAGGCUGUGCAUCCCUCCCUGUCCCUCUCAGUCAUUUUAAGCUUCUGAAUGCUAAUUCGGCGGGGAUGUGCACAAGGGCCCACCGCUCCGAAAUGUGAUACUCAACCAAUUGGGCUAAACAUCUACAGUGACUGGUUUUGAACAGCUUCGAUCGGUACACCACGGCUUGACAGUACCUUUACAAGGAUGAUGUUAUAUGAGAAGUAGUUCUGAUAGCGUUGUACCCUGCUGUGCCACUUUUCAGAAAAAGAACUUCCCUAUGGCAUAGUAUAAUGGUAUGAUUCUUGUUGUAAAGGAUAUCUAAAUAUCAUGUUUUUCACUUUUUUUUAAUUCUCUCUGUCCAGUGUGGCACCUGUGAUACUAAGCCCGGAUUCCGAAGUUUAUAGCGGAAGGUAAAAUAUAUUUUGAAUGUUAUUUUGGUAAAACCAUUCCAGCGAGGGUCCUUUCCAGUUUUCUUGGUCCGAUUCACCGAUAUCUGUUUCAUCGUCAGUAUGCUUAUACAAUGAAUGUUUCGAAACUUUUUCUUAUUAUUCUUGAGCAACUACAAUUGACGACAAAAUUAGUUGAGGCAAUUUGCCCUACAGGACCUUUUUGACGUUUUGCGACUUCAAAAGGGGAAAAUACAUAUACGGGCUACAGGUAGCACGUUCGAGCUACCUGUAGGAAACAUCGUGAACCCAGCUUUGAAUGAAGGUGUGAAUAGGUGUGGAUUGUUUUGUUCUUCGAGCUUACCCCAUUUGAGGACAGUGUCGCAACAAGUUUGUCGCCUAUUGUAGACUCCUUGGCAGCCGUUCUUUGUUUCGUCGCGUCCCCAAGCCCCCAAUCCUCCACUAAGCGAUGCAGUUAAGAAAUAAAAAUUAAAAGAACAUUUUCACCAUCCGAGGUGUGUAGAAAAGCUUAGAGAUAGGCGGUUUGUUUUAUUAAUAUUUAACGACGGAAUGUUGUUUCUUAUUCCAGAUGGCACAAGGACAGCAACUCGUCUUUACCUCUGUUGCUUCGUACAUGUGAUACAAUUCUUGAUUCAUAA